UCCGAUAAGCCAAACUUUCAAUUAAAAAAAAUCCGAUAAAAGCCAAGCUAAACCCAAACCCAAACCAUGGCGUCCAUGCCGGCCGUGUCCGCCACCUCCGUCCUCGCGCCGGCACCGGCGUCGCCCCGCUCCCAACUCUGCUACUCAACGGAAACGAGACGCGGCGCGCUCUCCCUCCGCCCCGCCCGCGCUAUCCCCGCGCUGAGGCUCGUCGGCCACCGCGACGCCCGUGGCGCCGUCGUCGUCCGCGCCGCUGCGGCAGAGGGAGCCGUGGAUCUGCAGGCCAAAGUGACGACCAAGUGCUUCUUCGACGUGGAGGUCGGCGGGGAGCCCGCGGGCCGCAUCGUCAUCGGGUUGUUCGGAGAGGUCGUACCUAAGACCGUCGACAACUUCCGUGCACUCUGCACUGGUGAGAAAGGGUACGGCUACAAGGGCUGCUCAUUCCACCGGAUCAUCAAGGACUUUAUGAUUCAAGGCGGGGACUUCCAGGAAAACAAUGGUACUGGUGGGAGAAGUAUUUAUGGUGAAAGCUUUGAUGAUGAAAAUUUUACGUUGAAGCAUGUUGGCCCUGGUGUGCUAAGCAUGGCAAAUGCUGGCCCUAACACAAAUGGAAGUCAAUUUUUCAUUUGCACUGUGAAGACACCGUGGUUGGACAACCGUCACGUCGUGUUUGGACAUGUCUUGGAGGGGAUGGACGUGGUGAAGCAGCUUGAAUCUCAAGAAACCAGCAGGUCCGAUACUCCCAAGCAGCCCUGUCGAAUCGUUAACUGUGGCGAGUUACCCCUGGACAGCUGAGUGAAGUCAAUAGCUCAGUUUUGGGGAUAAUUAGUUGAAGAGGAAGUGCCGAUAAUUUUUUUUAUUUUCAGUGAAAUCCUCUUGCUGAGUGUGAACAUGAGUCUCUCGGAGUCUUCUCUUACGUUAGAGCAUCGACGCCCAUUCGGUGGCAUCAUUCAGUCAUUUGAGUUAUAUAUGCGAGAUACGCGCCAUGAUGAAACUUUACUCAGUUGUGGACGCGUUUAGCAACGAAUAUCAUGAGUCACCUCAAAGUAAAUAUGGUCAGCAUUCUUUUA